CAAAAGUACACAAACAACUUGGCUUCACUUUGGAACACAUGGCUACGGUGCUGCACGGAAAUGAAAACAACGUUUUGGUAUCCAAGUAUUUAUCUUUAAAAAAUAAAAUAAAUGACUUCCAUUAAACUUGUUGGAAACUGAUAUGUUGCCAAUAUUCAGAUUUGUUUGACCAAAAAAGGUGCCUUGGUUGAAGAUGGAUGCAGUUCCCUGCAGUUGGAACACUACAAGAGUUCAGGAGUCGUUUGCUCGGUCUAAGCCUGCCUCAGACACUCUAACAAAGCUGGCAAAACUUGUUGCACAAAAGCAAGAUAGUCAAAGCCAAAACCAACUACUGCCUGAUGUGUGCCCGUGUGUGUGCGCACAGUGCAGCCAGGGAUUCUCUGACAUGGCUGAGUUAUUGCACCACCAGCAGGGAGAGCAUGCCUUACGUAAGUGUCAUUGCUGCCUUUCCUGUGGCAAAGAGUUUUCUCUCCUAUCCUCUUUGCAGUUGCACAAGUGCAUUCGUGAUGCUGCUCCUUGUCAGGUCUGUUGUGGUAAAACCCAGCUAGGUGCUCCAUGCAGUGCGUGCAAGGCUUCAACCUCAGACUCUCAGAGUGUCCGGGAUAAGUCCCUUUAUCACCAGUCCCACCAUCAUGAUAGCAGGUCAUAUGCCUGUGCUCCGUGUGGUAAAAGCUUUAGCCAAAAGCAAUCUCUGCUUCGCCAUCAGCAGGCUGGCUGUAGUAAAUCUGCCACGCGAACUGCAAAAGUUGUCAGCCCUCCUGCGGACUCUCCCUCGCCUGAAUCUGCCAUCUUGGACUCCUCUCCCCCUGACUCUCCCCCAACUGAUGCCACUAGUGCCCCAGAUCCUGACAGGCCAAGUCAAUGCCCACUUUGCGCCAAGAGGUUUCGCUCAGGGGCUGGCCUUGCAUGCCAUCAGCGAUCCACCCAUCGGAAGGAGUGGAUCAUCUCCAAGUGUCCUCUACUAAAAGGAGGAUGCACAAAUGGGGUUCAUAGAUUAUCGAAGCAGAUGGCUGGGCCACCCCAACCAAAAAGAAGAGGCAGAAAGAGCCAGCUCCUCUCCUGUCGUUCCUGUGACAGGGUCUUCCUAAGCACUGCCAAGCUGUACUUGCACAGACAAGAGUCCCACAGCAGAGAGAAGGAUAUCAGAAGAGAUCCAAGGCCACUGAUUAGCAAGCGGAGGAAAAGAGAGACUUACUCAUGUGACGUUUGUGGUAAAGUGUUCUUGCACCAUUUGUCACUUAAAGCACACGUCAAGAAUCAUAGUCGAGAACCACCAAGCCAUGUUCAGCAGGUUGGGAAAGCAGCCAAGGAGACCAAGUUAGCUGAGAAGACGCCAAAAAAGCCUAAAGGCAACAUAUCACGGAAGGUGGGAGGAACAUUGGUCAAGGCUAGCAGAGGGAGACCAAAGAAAAUUCCAGAAGAAGAGGGAGAGUUUCCUUGCCCGUCUUGUGCUGAGGUGUUUUCUUUGCAGUCUGCUCUGAAGGAGCAUGAGGAGCUGCAUCAGCCUACAGGGAUUAUGAGACACUGCAGCGUGUGCAGCCAGGGCAUAGGUAUCUCUAAGAAGCCUGGGGCCAAGCUUCGGAGGGCCUACCAUUGUGUUCCCUGCUUGAAGGCUUUUGUAACACUGGACACUUUCUUACAACAUUGCCAAGAUCACCUCGUUGACAGUGGCGAUGAGGAAGGGAGCAAUUUAUGACCCUGACAGCAAAAUGUGAGAUGAUGUUACUCUUCCUUUUUUGUUUUUUUAACAAGCUGUACUGAGUUCCCCAAGAGAAUAUUAUGUGUUCAUGUACAUUUAAAAAUAUGUUUAGACCACUCACCAGAAUAGCUGUUUGAAUGUAAUUCAUAUCAACACGCGAUUCAAGUUGCAACAAAACAUUUUUUUUUUUUGUGUGUGUGCGCUGUCUUGAUACCAUUAAUUUUGUGACUGACCAACAGUGGUACGCUGUGAAAGCAGUACAGAAACAGUCUUACUAGGCCUAAAUCCUCUUGAUCCUAAAUCCUCUUCAUUUAGACCUUUUAUAUUCCUUUACAAAUGUUGGAUCGGAUCCAACCAUCCAUUUGUCAAUAUGGUUUAAAUUUAAAUGAAUAUACGCAAUAACUCAUUUAGUUUUGUUGCUGCAGCAGUUUUUAAAAAUCUCUGGUUAACAAUACCUUACUGUGUUAUUUGAUUUCAAUUCAAAUGGUCAAAAUGGAACCAAAAUAGCUUCUUAGCAAAGAGCAAUUUCUCAAGCAAGAAUUUAGCUAGGACUGUCUGGGAGUGGUCUGAGUGAGGAGGGGAAAACUGAAAGCUGUUAUUGGGAUUGAGGUUUGGAACUCUUUCUUAUUGGCUAUUAAUUAAUUUACCCCACACAAAUUUACUCCAUGACACCAAAAACAGACAUUUCAGGCGGUCUUUCCAAACAGCUCUUACACUAAAAGGGCAUUAUCAUAAUUUUCAGAAUUUCACAGUAUUAUUCCAACCUCACAGUGUGGAAAGAUUAUAACAAACACUAUGAACUCCUUCCUGAUAUUGAGAUGCCCCCCCUCUCCUUUUGCCCUCAGAACAGUCUCAAUUCGUCAGGCCAUGGACUCUACAAGGUGUUGAAAGUGUUCCACAGGGAUGCUGGCCCAUGUUGACUCCAAUGCUUCCCACAGUUGUGUCAAGUUGGCUGAAUAUCCUUUUGGGUGGUGGACCAUUCUUGAUACACAUGGGGAAACUGUUGAGCGUGAAAAACCCUGCAGCGUUACAGUUCUUGACACAAACCGUCUUGUACCUACUACCAUUUUGUGACAAAACUAUUGGUAAGAGUUGAAAAUGCGGUGGAAAAACAUUGAACUUUUAGAUUUUUUUUUAUUUGGUACAGGAAACAUUUUUUUACAUUUUUUUUUAAAACUCUUGAUGACAUUGGACUUGUGUGACACUGAUUUAGCAUUAAUUUACUAAUUAUUUAUCUCUGUCCGUCUGUCUGUGUGAGAUGCAUACUCGUGGAGCCAGUUAAGACAAUGUGAUGUAAUAUAACAUGGAUAUUAUGCAAAACAAGCAGUGAUUGCAACCUUGCUGCUACUUGUUGGUUAGAAAUGAGUUUACCAGGUUAUCCAUUUAUUUUCUGCAGUUUAGUAAACCCAAAAACAGAAGAAAAUAAGACUUAAAGGGAGACCUUGAGCUUCAACACUCUCUUAGUUGUUGUGGAAAUAGACCCACUAUAUGCUGUUUUACUUUCUGCGUCUACGUCAUAUCGCUGAGUCUACCUUUUUUAAAAGAAAGUCAUGUUUCAUUUGGGGGGGAAAAAAAGGUUUUUAAGUUUCUACUUCUGGAAAGUGCCUUUUGUGUCCCGAGUUAGCAACCUUGUCUUAGAAAAUACCUCAUUAAAAGUAUUCUCCCAUGA